CGGCCUUCCGGGGCUGCAGCUGGUGCCCGGCCCACGUGGCUCUGCAGAAGGCGCUGGGAGCGCUGGCCCAGAAAGGCGGGGGCUGGUGCCGCCCGCGGAGACCCGGUGCCAGCCAUCUGGGAAGCUGCCCGCAGGGCCCACCAGCGGCGGAGGUCGGGGGCAGGGACGCCGCGGGGAGACGCAGGCCCGGUGCGGGGGCGGCGCGCGAUGGAGCGAUUCAAGGCUGCGAUGCUGCUGGGGAGCGUCGGGGACGCGCUGGGCUACAGAAACGCCGGCCGGGAGGGCAGCGCCGCCGGCGCGAAGAUGCGCGCGGAGCUCCAGGCGCUCGGAGGGCUGGACCACCUGGUGCUCUCCGCGCAGAAAUGGCCAGUGAGCGACAACACCAUCAUGCACAUGGCGACCGCCGGGGCCCUGACCACAGACUACUGGUGCCUGGAUGACCUGUACCGGGAGAUGGUGAGACGCUACGUGGAAGUCCUCGAGAAGCUCCCAGAACCCCGGGCAGACCCAGCUACCGUGGAGAGCUGCUCGCAGCUGAAGCCAGAUAACUACCUCCUGGCCUGGCACACACCUUUCAACGAGAAGGGUUCAGGAUUCGGAGCCGCCAGCAAAGCGAUGUGCAUCGGCAUGCGGUACUGGCAGCCGGGGCGCCUGGGCACCCUCGUCGAGGUCAGCAUCGAGUGCGGCAGGAUGACGCACAACCACCCCACAGGCUUCCUCGGGUCCCUGUGCACCGCCCUGUUCGCAUCUUACGCUGUGCAAAGCAAACCGCUGGUGCAGUGGGGCCGAGACAUGAUGCGGACCAUGCCGAUGGCCGAGGAGUACUGUAAGAAGACCAUCCGGCACCUGGCAGAAUACCAAGAGCACUGGUUUUACUUUGAAGCUAAAUGGCAGUUUUACUUGGAGGAGAGAAAAAUCAGUGAAGACACAGAGAGUAAAGCCACCUUCCCUGAACGUUACGACGCGGAGGAGAGGGACAAGGUUUACAGGAAGUGGAGCUCGGAAGGCCGAGGGGGCCGCCGGGGACACGAUGCCCCCAUGAUUGCAUAUGACGCCCUCUUAGGAGCCGGGGACAACUGGACAGAGCUGUGCCACCGGGCCAUGUUUCAUGGAGGCGAGAGCGGGGCCACCGGGGCGAUCGCGGCCUGCCUGUUCGGGCUGCUGCACGGCCUGGACGCGGUUCCCGCCGGCCUGCGCCGGGGCCUGGAGCACGAGCAGGAGCUGCUGCGCCUGGGCGAGGCUCUGCACCGCCUGUCCUCGGAGGAGAAACCCGGGAGUCUGCUGGGGAACGCAUGGAGAGGUGUUACCCGCCAUGGUGGAAAAUGAGGGCUCCCCCUCUGGACUGCAGCCCUGGAGGCGGCACGCCGAGUCCCCGGGCACACGUGGGGUGAGGCGCUCCCCGGCCUACCGGCCCCCUGCUCGCUGGAGGGACCCUGCCUCUGAUUCACCAAAUACGGCGGCAGGUUUCCAGGUCCCACUGCCCUCUGUACAUGGUGCCAGAGGAAUGCCACCAAAAAGAAUAGGAGAAUCCUCCCACUCGAGGACUCACAGCAGGCGGCACGUGUUCCCGUGACACAGACCACAGAGCAGGGGCGCAGUUGCUGAAAAGUGGCCGGGGCUCCCAGAGGAAAGGCCCAUGGGUUGGAGCUCGUGGGGCACCCUCGUUCGUAGGCACACCUGCCAGCUCAGUGUCGCCCCCCAGUGGUCUCGAUAGGGCGUCUCUGCCAUGUGACUCAGGGCCUGAAUCACGGCACUAACCUGCAGCUGGCCACUCACUGUUGUUGCAUCAUCUUCCUCUGUGUGCACCGACUCUAAGAUCAGUGUUAGAAAGAAUUGCUGGAUGUAUUUUGUUGUAUUCCCUCCUUUGAAUUUUUACUAACCUAAUUCAGCUGCAAAUCAUUUCUCAGAUGGUAAUAAAAUAUAUUGCCCAUCACAAACCUCUUCUUUGCUCUGUGAGGGGCUGGGCAAAGAGGGUAAGGCUUUCUGGUCAGAAGGUAGCUGUGGGCAAGGAGCAAGUGACAGAGAGACGGGGCACUCCUUGGUCCUCCGGGAGGCCACCCCGCAGAAGGAGAGCCCCUUGGUGAGCUUAGGAAAAGCAAGCGGGGCAGGAUGACCUGGCCCACCUCCCGGCCAGGCCACGCACGCAGGGCGCCCACUGGGCUGGAGCGAGAGCAGCCCCAAGACGCCAGGCACGGGCACGGGACGUGGCGCCUACUUCCCCGCAGGCUCUUAGUGUCAGGGGAGAGGGACAGCGCCCGUCCACGGGAAGAGCUGCCGGGGCUGAGCCUGCACCCCUGUCCUCCCAGAGCGCCUGAGGCGAGGUCCCGAGGCCCCUCUCCUUUCCCCAGGAAGGACUUCCCAUGGGAAUUCGCUCCGAGGCUAGGAGCCGCCUGGACAUCCUGAAUCUGUGGGAGACUCAGGCCCCUUCCCCUAGAGGAGCACAGGGUCUGCCAGGAAAUGGUUUCCGCACACAGAGCGCUUCUGACACCAGAUGUGUGGGUUUCCCACACCAGGCAAUUCCACAGCUCGUGGGCACAUGGGCACUACAAGUCAGCUCCCUUCUGACGCCGACUGCCGGGGUCAGUGCAGCCCACAGGCUGAAGACUCAGAAGCCCCAGACUGCCCCCUCCUUAGGCACCAGCCACAAGACCCCUCUUCCCACACUUCCAUCCAACUUGGCUGCAAUUCGGGGUUCCCAUGACCUCUCCGCAGGCUUGAAAUUUGCUACAACAUUUCACAAAACUCAGAGAAACACUUCCUUGUGUGUAUGUUUAUCAUAAGGGAUACAUGAGCAGCCAGCGGCCAGCAGCGUCCCGGUGGUAAGCGUGGUGGCUCCCAGAAGCGGGGCCUCGGUCCGUCAGCUGGGAGAGGCUGCUUAGCCUGGUGGCGCCACCCGCCCACAGACCCCGACAUCCCCUGAAGGCCACUGACCUUGGAGUGGAACCCGCAUCUGGCCCAGGGUGACUCCCUUGCCUGCCCCUUCUGCCAGGAGUCUUGUGUCCAUCCCUGGAGCAACUGCCUGCCC